GCAACUACUAGUUGUGAAGCCGAUUCUGAGCAAAAGCCAAUGCCACAAAUCCCGGAGCCACAGGCGUCAUCAUUGGCACAAGGCGUGAUGAAUCGGGAGCCAACGGAAGGAACCCUGAUUACGGAGGGGAACUCCACAGAGGCGAUGGUAGAAGUUCCUCGCGAAGAGACUGCUGAAGAGAUACAUCAUGGGAAGUCUUUGAGCCGCAAGGAAUCAGCGAGGAAAAAGAAAAAGGCGAAAAGGGCAACCGAGAGAGACCAAAAGGAAUCAGUUAAGCCGGUCCUUGCGGAAGACGCAGCAUCGGAAGAAGCAGCUCCGGAAGAACCAGUACUUGGCGAAAAUGAGCUCGACAAAAGCGUUUCCAAAAGCGCCCUGUUGCAGAAUACAAGUCAUCAUGCUGCCCCGGAAGGGACGACAACUUCACAAGAGGCUAUAGAGCCUCUGCCAGCACAUGAAGACCAUGGUUCUGAAUCCUCGCCGCUGGACCAUUCACAUGCCGACGAGCUCAUAACACGCAAUGAUACGUACCCAUCCGCGGAGCAAGUAAGCUUCGAUGAGGAUCAAGAAGUUGAAGACAGUCAAACUUCAGGGUCCAGAUCGAAUGAGGACCCCAAAGCUCUUUCGGAAUUGCUUCCGGAAACUUCCCUGAUCAAGAACGAUGAGAUGAACAAUGAUAUGGCAGAAGGCUCUUGGAACGAACAGGAUACUCCAGUGCCAUUGAAUCGGAAGGUGUCUAAGAAGGAGAAACGAAGGGCCAAACAGAAAGCUGAAAAGGAAGCUACUCAAACAACGCGGCAAGUGCAGCAAGUGCAGCGCGAGAUAGAAACCAGUCAAGCAGAAAUAUCUCCUGUCUUGCCAGCAACCAGCAUCGUACAUGACGAAAGGGUAUCCAUCAAUCCCUCUGAAGGUAAGCCUCAGGAAACAGACCCUACGUCCGAGCAGCCCGCAGAGGAUGACAAUGGCUGGCCCUUGAUAGACUGGGGGAAAGCACAGAUCGAUACCACAGAGCGAACCCCAGAUUCGUCCCCAGAAGCCCGCGCUAUUCCCUUUGAGCCAGGCAUUGCCGAAUUCGACGAGACUGCUAUCCCCGAAGGUAUCACGAGACGAUCGAACUUGCAAGGCAGAUAUAGCAGAGCAAGAGGUUUUAGCCUAUCACAAAGACAAGAUAUCCAAGAAGGCAAAUUCCGACUUGACACAGCUCCCCUUGCAAUUGACGCCUCCCCUACUGAAGGAAAAGAGACUCGAAAAGGCCAGCUUGAAGACGUGGACCACGAAGUGGAAGGUGGUCGUGCCAAAGGAUCCGAGGCUGAAUCCAACAAACCAAGCCUGGUAGCAAGUAUCUUUCCGGAGCUAGAGCGCGGCUUUUUCCGUCGACCGGCUUCGAUUCCAGAUUUCGGGUCAGCAAAAGAUGGGGCUGAGGAAGAGACCAUUGGCAAGGAAGCGAUUCGCGACAGCGACAAGGUCUUGGAAGCCCCCAUCGCAACCGAAGAAAGCUCAGGCAACGGAGACCCUACGCCUAAGAUGAAGCUGGAUGACAACAUGACUACGACAGAACAGCAGACUGAGCAAGUGGAUGAAACGGAAAGUCCUGUCAUUGACGUUGAGGUUGGCCCUGCUUACAAUGUCUCCGUGCUUUCGGACGGGCCACACGAAGCAUCCCGAUCGAUCGAGAUUCAAUGGGAGGGGACAGAGGAGAAGGGUCAAAAUGCUGCAACACACGCCGACACAACCAUCCAGCAUCAGAUCCCUCUAUACGCACCGUCACCCCUACAUGAACGUUCAUCGGUGCUGGUUCGAUCCUCGUCCCCAAUUGACGUGGAAAUUGGACUGCCGUCACCAUCGCAACCAGAAUCUACGUGUGAGCUUCGACGCAGGCCUUCGAUUCAUGGACGACACGGGCAAAGCACAACCCCUCGUCAUCAUUCAUGGUCUCUAGACGAACAGUCAAGUGCAUCAGGAAGAACGCCUUCACCGCCAGGCGCGGGUCGAGGCUCGGUCUCGCCUCCACGGACGCCACUGCAUACCAUCAAGGAACACGAGCUCGGGGAUCGAUCGAAGAGACCCACCAGCCCUGGUCGUGGCACGCCCCAUCUGGAGAUGAAACCGGAGCAUGUGCUGUCUCCCACUCCUCAAACUCCUCCGCCAAGCAGGAAGUUCACGGACAAUGCUUUAGCGCGCCAGGCCUGGCCAACAUCCAGAAGGAGCGACGACGAUGAUGAAGUGGAGGAAGUUCAAAAGCGCCAACCGGACAGCUGGCGGGGGCUCCAGAACGAUUUCGCAUCCGGAAAAAUGAUGAAGACGCCUGAACAGGAAAAACCAAUCCUGCGACCAUCGAGGAGUAACCGCGCGUUACGACGAACUCCUCGCAGUAUGAGCGGCGGUGAUUUGCGGGCGGUCAGUCAAGCGCUGGAGGCGGAGGCGGAGGCGGGCCAGCCUCCUUCGCCUUCCUCCGCUUCUGCUGCUGCUUCUGCUUCUGACCUGAACAUCGAGCGCAUCGCUUCUUCUUCUUCCUAUGACCCCGUCACCGACAAGGGCAAACGGCCCCUCCGAAACAUGACUGAUGUUUAUGAGGGGUGGGGAGAAACACCCAGUUCGCCGCGGUCGCCGAGCCGACCGCCCAGCAUCCGCCAUCGUCGCAGCAUGCAACACCUUCAAGAACUUGAAUCCCGCCUCGAUUCACUAAUCUCCGAAAAUCGCCUACUCGUUGCUGCUCGCGAGGCUGCCGAAGAUAAAUUGCGCAAUGCGAGUGUAGCUCGUCGGAAGAGCGACCAUGCCCUCAACAGGAGUGACGCUGACCUGCGCGACCGGUCAGCAGAGGUCGAACAACUCAAGAGCUCAGUCGAAUGGCUGCAGAAAGAAGUCUCCCGACUGACUGGAGAAAAUGAAGCUUUGUCGACCACGAACUCGGGUUUGACCGCCGCCCAUGCCUCCGAAGUUCAAGCUAUGCAGGGCGCCUACGAUCGCAAAAUCGAGGAACUGCGUACUGCAAACCAGCAACUCUCUACCGAAAUGCAGACCAAAAUUCGUCAGGAGAUUGACGACGCCGUGUCUCAGAAGGAUCACGAGCUCCGACGAUUGCGAGAGGAAUUGGAGACGACCCGCGACAGGGUCAAACAGCUCCAACAACAGAUCGCGGAGAACAUGCGGGACGAGGUGCUCGUCUUUCGUGACGAGGACUACUUCGAUGCUGCGUGCCAGAAGCUCUGCGGGCAUGUGCAGCAGUGGGUCCUGCGCUUCUCUAAGCAUUCCGAUCAUCGUCGCUGCCGCAAGCUAAGCGAUCUGCAAGACGAGAAGAUCGCCGACCGGUUCGAAAAUGCCAUUUUGGAUGGCUCCGAGGUCGACCUCUACCUUGCCGACCGUGUCCGACGUCGCGAUGUGUUUAUGUCGGUCGUGAUGACCAUGGUGUGGGAAUACAUCUUCACUCGGUAUCUUUUCGGCAUGGAUCGGGAUCAGCGACAGAAGCUCAAAUCACUGGAGAAGCAGCUAUCCGAAGUGGGGACGCGGAGUUCGAUUCACCGGUGGCGAGCCACCACCUUGACCCUGCUUGCACGACGACCAAUAUUCUCGAAGCAGCGGGAGACGGAUACUGAAGCGGUGGCUCUCGAGAUCUUCGACACGCUGUCCCGUCUUCUUCCGCCGCCUAGCAAUGUUGAAGCCCAGCUGCUGGAUUCUUUGCGCAAGGUGUUGCGAGUCGCUGUCCAUCUGUCGAUUGAGAUGCGUACGCAACUGGCAGAGUAUAUCAUGUUGCCUCCACUGCAGCCGGAAUACGACACGAAUGGCGAUCUCUCCCGCCAGGUCUACUUCAACGCCUCGCUGAUGAACGAGCGCAGUGGCGAGACCACGUCGAAUGAGGAGCUGGAGUCUCAGCAAGCUGUGGUUCGUAUUGUUCUAUUCCCCUUGGUGGUGAAGAAGGGUAAUGAUGCGGGUGACGGGGACGAUGAAGUGGUCGUCUGUCCGGCCCAAGUGCUCAUUGCACGACCAAACAAGGAUAAGAGGGUGUCCAAAAUGCUUAGUGGUGAUCGCAUGUCGCUCGAUGCCACCCGAUCAGUGCACAGCGCGGCCCCGUCAUCUACUAUGGACCUGAGCAACGUGAUUUGAGGCGUCACACUUGAAUCAUGAAGAGCUCAAGAUUCAUGGUGGAUCUGACGGUGUAUAGAGUUGCGCCCCGGCUCCCAGUUACCUCUGUCCCUUGGAUUCUAUUUCUUCUUUUUUUUUUCGCUGUUUUUCUUCUUUCCUGAAAUUCUUACUUCUCAGUGGGCUUGCACUGAAGGCGUCCUGGACCAGGGGGGGAAACUGGCUGGGUUGGUUUCGUCACAAAAACGGUAAUGAAUAAUUUUUGAUGCAUGGGAAACUGUCCAUCCCCAGCAUCUGCAAAAUUGAUGAUGUUAAUGAUGAUGUCUGCAAUCGCUUCUAGAGCUGACGAUCUAUCACGGCCUUACUUGGAUAUCUGUGUGUUGUUUAUGAUUCUGUAUUUGUUUGACAUUUCCCUGUUAAAUACUGGAUGGAUAGGGAGGGUGUAAUAAUUUUUUUGUGUAUAUGAUGCUAUAAUGAAAGGC